AUGACAGAGUCCUAUCUGCAAAGUCAGAUUUCUUCAGAAAGACUAAUCUCAAGAAGGUGGUCCUUCGGGCAGAACUAAACCCAGUAAGAGCCCCUGGGCGUUCAAUCUCACUUACAGUAGUGCCCACACUUGUGGUGCUUCCUGGAGCACAAUCCCACGCUCACUUCAGAGCACURGAAAAACAUGGAAGGGAGAAACCUGAGCCAAGGGACUGAGUUUGAGCUCUUGGGUCUCACCAGUGACCCCCAGCUCCAGAGGCUGCUCUUUGUGGUGUUCCUGGGGAUCUACACCAUCACUCUAUUGGGGAACUUGGUCAUGUUCCUCCUGAUCCAUGUGAGUGCCACCCUGCACACGCCCAUGUACUCCCUCCUGAAGAGCCUUUCCUUUUUGGAUUUCUGCUAUUCCUCCACAGUUGUCCCCCAGACCCUGGUGAACUUUUUGGUCAAGAGAAGGGUGAUCUCCUAUCUGGGCUGCAUGGCUCAGAUGUUCUUCUAUGCGGGUUUCGCCACCAGCGAGUGCUAUCUCAUUGCAGCCAUGGCCUAUGACCGCUAUGCCGCUAUUUGUAACCCCCUGCUCUACCCAACCAUCAUGUCUCCUGAGGUCUGUGCCUCUCUGAUUGUGGGCUCCUACAGUGUCGGGUUUCUUAAUUCUCUUAUCCACACAAGCUGUAUCUUCAGUCUGAAAUUCUGUGGUGCUCACGUGGUCACUCACUUCUUCUGUGAUGGACCACCCAUCCUGUCCCUGUCCUGUGUGGACACUUCACUGUGUGAGAUCCUGCUCUUCAUUUUUGCAGGUUUCAACCUUUUGAGCUGCACUCUCACCAUCUUGAUCUCCUACAUCUUAAUCCUCAUCACCAUCCUGAGAAUGAGCUCAGCCCAGGGCAGGUUCAAGGCAUUUUCCACCUGUGCUUCCCACCUCACUGCCGUCUGCCUCUUCUUUGGCACAACACUUUUUAUGUACCUGCGUCCCAGGUCCAGCUACUCGCUGACCCAGGACCGCACAGUUGCUGUGAUCUACACGGUGGUGAUCCCGAUGCUGAACCCAUUAAUUUAUUCUUUGAGGAACAAGGAUGUAAAGGAGGCCUUAAGAAAGGUUUGGAGCAGGAAAACAAUGGAAUGA